UGUGGGUCAGGCGCGAGGUAUUUAUUCCCUUGAUGGCCGACCAAAAUACAGUUACCGGCCGCCUGCCGCUCGAGUCAGCUCACUCAGGGCCUCCGCCUCGCCUCACAAACACCUCAGAGCACAGGACCAGAAGCACCAGCAGAAAUGACCGCCCAGAGGGCAAAACUUUGGGUAGUGCUGCUCGUGGCCUCCACGGCAGUGGCCGCCCCCACUGAGCAGCAGGCAUCCCCUGCGAUGGCACCCCCCGACCUUUCGGCCGCAGAGGCCACGUUGCCGCUGAAUACGCCAAACAAAGGCUACAGAAUGCAAGGACUGUACGGUUUCGGCACGAAGCCUUUUUAUUUGGAGAGGGAUCCUGUUACUGGAGCCUUCGACUUCUCAGGAGCGUCGGCCGGAAAUUCCGAGCCAGCACACAAGUUCUCUUCAAAGGUUCCAGCUCACGCUGAUUACGAUUAUGAAGAGAUCGCGAUGGACGCCGACCCGAUCGACCGCAAGGACACCCUCGGACCAGUGCGGCCCAACGAUUUGAUUGAUUAUUCGCAGAAGCACUCGAAAAUCCCUCAAGUGCCGCUGGUGUCCGGCUCUUACUCGAGCACCAAACUGCAGGGUGCCGGCGCAGAUGCCAAAUCAUCGAGCACCACUACCACAACUCCGCCUCCGAAUUAUUACUUCUCGACCACCUCGACGACCACAGAGGACGUCCUCGACUUCUGGCCACCAACCAAGCCCUCGGCUGAGGUGCCCUCUGAUUAUUACGAGUACGACGAGGUGCCCGCCGAAGUGUCUGAAACUCAACCACAGGCGCCGAGUCCCGCACCGAGCACCGUCCUCCCUACCACUCUGCCUCCUUACGAGUACGAAGCUGAAGAGACGGAAACCGCAAGACCGAUUCCACCCAAGAAGAAGCAGGACGUGAAGAAGCCCGAAUUCCCAGCUCAACCCCCGACCCCUGAAGCGGAAUUCCAACCCCCUAAUAAAGUUGUGUUCAGAGAACCUGAGCUGGAGCUCAUGCCUCCUGAGGAAGAGAGCCAACCGUCCAUUUCUGAAGUUAGGCCUCCUGAUUUGGAAAUGCGCCCUCCGCUAGUGGACUUCAGACCUCAAGAGGUGAAGCCUUUGGACGUGGAAAUGCGUCCUCCGUUGCCAGAUAAGCCUUUCCAAUCUCCCCGUCCGACUCAGGGCGUCAUGCUUCCACCGAGGUACGAGCCUCAGAGACCUGAGAGGCCCGCUUUGGAGUCUCAGGGCUGGCAGAUUGCUCAAACACCUCAACCUCAGGCCCCGCCACCGUCACCCUUCCCUUCAAACAGGGUUACCUUCCCUGAAUCAGUAGCCGCCACUCCUGCUCCUUUCCAUCACUCAAGCGUCCCCUACAGACACGUCCUUCCCCAGGGCUACGAGCCCAAGAGGCCGUUCCCACCACCGUUCCGCGUGCAGCAGCAGCGUCCCCACUUCAAGCGUCCACAUCCGCACGACAGCCCAUAUGCCUUCGUCGAAUCCAAGCCCAUCGACCGCAUCCACAUGGAGAGCCGUCCUCCCCCUCCAAGGUACCGUCCGCACCAGAAGGUCGGUGGUGUCCGCAAUAGGAACGACGACUCGCUGCCCAACAUCCUGCCCCAGUUCCGUCCCAACCUGCGUCCCGAGCACGGCGAGCACUUCGGCAUGCGUGGGCCGGCGCCGGGAAGUUCCAACCCACCCUAUUUUAAACGCUUCCCCAACUCCGUCCAGACCCCACAGUUCCAUCAUCAACAGCAGCAAGGACCACCUGGCCCGCCCAUGGGACGCCGCGUCGGCCCCGACGUUGCCACCCUCCAAAUGAUGAAGGGCAACAUCGUCAAGAACCCGCACCGCGCAGAGUCCCUGGUGCCGCAGCCUCCUCCGGUCGACGUGGUCGUGGACAAAAAGCAGGCUCAGGCGCAGCCGCCUGCGGACGAGCGUCCCGUCAACCCCGGCGGCGUGUACGUCGUCUACGCCAACUCUAACAACAACGAUAUCCACGUCGGCCAACAAGCCGGUGCCAGCCGUCCCCUGCCUCCGAGCCAACUGUCCGAGCAGCCCAUCCUUCCUGGAAAGUCCGACUUUCCCUACGCCAUCGAGAAAAACAAUAACAACGACGACCGCGGCCACUUCAGCAUCAAGAGCAAGAACAAGGUGAGCGUGCCUCAAGGCGGGGACCGCAGCGAAAUCACCGUUUCAGCGGUGAUGCACGCCGGUCCUGACGGCCAUUCGAGCGCCUCGUCCUCGCAGGGCCAGGUGUUCGUGGUCAAUACGCACCAGCGCCCUGAGGUAAAAACCGUCGACGUGGUGCCCACGCACCAUAGGCCCGCCGAGGUGGUCGCUCCCUCCAACUCUGAAUCCUUCCAAGCGCCCUUCCACGCCAGUGCCAACGUCGCACCCUCGCCAGGGAACGGAUGGACCGCCAUCAGGGAGACCGAGUUCCGGCCUCAGGGUAUCGUGGAGCGCGCCGAUCAUGAAAUGCCCGAGCCGGACGCGAGCGAGCCUGGCACCAAGUUCGACAUCGAGAACUUCAGCCCGCAGCUGAUCGGCGGUUUCCAGCCCAUUCUGCCGUCGGCCGACAGCUCGCCGAAGGAGGCGGAAGAGAAGAAGGUGCAGCUCAACCCGACCGAUCGGCAAGAACGCUAGCUUUUCUACAGUAUUCCUGCAAAAUGCCGCUCAACAGGGAAUCCUUCUUUCGCAACUGCCAGCUACUCUCGGCUCUUAAUUGGCCAAUUUCAAAGGAUUUCAGCGUUGAUUGUCAUUUUGCGAGUGGGUCAGGGCGAAACGAUGGUCGUUUUGUAGGUCCUAAAUUAAAUUAACGUGUACUUCCCUUAUAGCCUUAAUUAACCAAAGGAAAAAUAUAGUUGUUGCUUCCAUCCACUAUUUGAUGAGGAUUCAAAAUGUAUUUUGUCACAAGAAACAAUAAUGGACAGAUCUCCCCAACGGUUGAGAAACAUCGCGGCGUUUACUUCCCGGUAUUAUUUGGUGCUUUACGCAAUAUUUGGCUGCUCUGCUACUUGCAUUACGGAAAUUCCAGGACAAGCUGCAUUUUUAUUUAUGCUUUGCAUUUUUACUUUUAUUUCUGUAUUUAAUAUUUAUUGAACAACAUGAUGAGUGCGUGCGUGAAUGAAUAUUCAAUAUUACAUUGAGAAAUAUGUGUGUGCUAGUGUAUUUAGAGUGAGACCAACCCAAUGUAGUUUCUUUAUUGUCAUUACAAUUUGUAAUUAAUGAUUUUCGAGCGAAAUAAAUGAAAUAAAAAUACAUAUGAAUAAAAUGAAACAA